CUUUAUGUAAUAAACUCAACGGGGUCAGCUUGAGCAACCAUAUGCUUUAAAGUCGAAAAAAUUGUAGAGACGUCCUUCUUUCACUCCAUGAUCAUAGAAGGCGAACCAUCUACUUUUGUACAGUGUACAGCUUGUGUUGAAAAGACCAGAAUGGCUCAGCAACCGCUUCUGUCGCUGCCCGAGUUUCAGAGUGUUUCCACGGGUACUUUGAUGGUGAAGGAGCCGCUGAAUUUCUGGGGAGGAGCGAGAGUGAAGCCGAAGGACACAAAGAACUCUGAACCAGUAUACGAACCAGCAACUGGUCGUGUGCUGUGUGAUUUGAUUCCCUGCGGAGAGGAGGAGGUAGAUGAGGCCAUAAAAAGUGCUCAUUCUGCAUACCUAAAAUGGAGCAAAUUAUCAGGAAUGGAGAGGGCCCGGAUCAUGCUAGAGGCCGCCAGAAUUAUUAGGGAGCGCAGAGAUGAAAUUGCGAGAGCAGAAGUGGCCAACAAUGGCAAAUCAAUCACUGAGGCUCAGGUGGAUAUUGAUGUUGCCUGGCAGGGUAUUGAGUACUAUGCUGGCAUUGCUCCCACUUUGUCAGGCCAGCAUAUUCAGCUUCCAGGAGGAUCUUUUGCUUACACCAGAAGGGAGCCACUGGGAGUGUGUGUUGGCAUUGGAGCUUGGAACUACCCUUUCCAGAUAGCUGCCUGGAAGUCAGCCCCAGCUAUGGCCUGUGGCAAUGCCAUGGUGUUUAAACCUUCUCCCAUGACCCCAGUGACAGCAGUUAUGCUGGCAGAGAUCUACAAAGAGGCCGGUGUCCCAGAUGGACUCUUUAAUGUCAUACAAGGAGGAGCAGAGACUGGAGGAUUGCUGUGUCAACAUCCCAUGGUGGCCAAAGUGUCCUUCACUGGCAGUGUUCCCACUGGAAAGAAGAUUAUGGAAAUGGCAGCCAAAGGUGUGAAGCAGGUGACUUUGGAGCUUGGAGGAAAGUCACCACUGAUCAUCUUUAAGGACUGUGAACUGGAGAAUGCGAUAAAAGGGGCCCUCAUGGCCAACUUCCUCACCCAAGGAGAGGUGUGCUGCAAUGGAACACGGGUGUUUGUGCAAAGGGAGAUCAUGCCACAGUUCCUGGAGGAAGUUGUGAAGAGGACCAAGGCCAUCCCUGUUGGGGAUCCCAUGUGUGAAGAAACACGCAUGGGUGCCCUCAUCAGUAAACCUCACAUGGAAAAAGUGCUGGGCUACAUCAAGCAAGCAAAAGAACAGGGUGCAAAGGUUUUAUGUGGAGGAGAACAAUUUGUUCCGAAUGAUCGCAAACUGAAAGAUGGGUACUUUGUGUUCCCAUGUGUGCUUGAUAAUUGCAGGGAUGAUAUGACCUGUGUAAGGGAGGAGAUCUUUGGCCCUGUGAUGUCUGUUCUGCCUUUUGACACAGAGGAGGAAGUUCUUCAAAGAGCCAACAACACAACCUUUGGCUUGGCAUCUGGAGUCUUCACCAGGGAUAUUGCGCGUGCCCACAGAGUUGCUGCAAACCUUCAAGCAGGAACGUGCUACAUCAACAACUACAAUGUUGGCCCUGUGGAAGUUCCUUUUGGAGGCUACAAGAUGUCAGGGUUUGGAAGGGAGAAUGGACAAGUGACCAUCGAGUACUAUUCUCAACUCAAGACCGUUGUGGUGGAAAUGGGAGAUGUAGAAAGCAUCUUUUAGGCUUUUGUGGCAUUAACCACCAGCAAUCCUGAUAGCAAUGUGAUUUCCAAAGUUCUAAGAUUUAUAGCUCUAUCUAUGAAGUUUGCAGUGUAACGUAUUAAAAUACAUUUAAUAACUAACAUUAACUUGAAACACUGUUGUUGCUUUGACAGUCCAUAUGUCUGUCUCAGACUUCCAGAUUAUGUUGGUAUGAUAUUACCAAAAUAGAAAAGCCUUUACUGUUUCAAAUCUGUGAAGUGUUUGACAGAAUUGUUUAAUAAUUUUCAAAAUACUAAUAGUUCAAAAUGCUCAUUAAAAACAAGUGCCUUCUAAUAAGUUUCUACUACAGGUUUAUUUCACAUAUUUAUUAUAGUCACCUGGUGUUAGACUUGAUUGUUUUUCGUCACUUUGUCCCUACCUCUCAACAUCAUGAAGAAUUUUAGACUGGUGGUUGAAAAGUUUGUAAUAUUUCAAAUAAGAUUACCUUGGUUAUCAAGAGCAAACAA